GGCCUUGGGAGAGCCGGCAAGUGGGCAGAGGGCGGUGCUGGGAAGAGCCAGGAAGGGCUGCAGGGGGAGGUGCCCGGAAGAGACCGCUUCCUCGUCUCCUUCGCAGGCAGACUUUGUGGCUCGGCUCGGGACAGGGCGCGGCGGCGAGAGGCGAAAAGGAAAGACCGGCCACCGGGAGACAAAGCGGCGGGUGCAGCAGCAGCAGCAGCAACAACAGCGGGGCUGGGAAUUCUGUGAGAGCAAAGGAGGAGCCGCCGCAGAAAUGACUGCCAUUAAUGCAGGAAAUGUUAACUUCAAAUGGGAUCCAAAAAGCCUGGAGAUAAGGACACUGGCCGUUGAAAGGUUGUUGGAGCCUCUCGUUACACAGGUUACAACACUGGUUAAUACCAGUAACAAGGGUCCUUCUAACAAAAAAAGAGGUCGAUCCAAAAAGGCACAUGUUCUAGCCGCAUCGGUUGAGCAGGCAACGGAGAACUUCUUGGAGAAAGGGGACAGAAUUGCAAAAGAGAGCCAGUUUCUUAAAGAAGAGCUGGUGGCAGCUGUGGAAGAUGUUCGCAAACAAGGAGAUUUGAUGAAGAGUGCCUCUGGAGAAUUCGCUGAUGACCCAUGUUCUUCCGUGAAGCGGGGAAACAUGGUGAGAGCAGCUCGUGCCCUCCUCUCAGCAGUUACCCGGCUGCUUAUUUUGGCAGACAUGGCGGAUGUAUACAAACUGCUUGUUCAACUUAAAGUGGUAGAAGAAGGCAUCCUGAAAUUAAGAAAUGCUGGUACUGAACAAGAUUUAGGAAUACAAUAUAAAGCUCUUAAGCCAGAAGUGGAUAAGCUUAACAUAAUGGCAGGCAAGAGACAACAGGAAUUAAAAGAUAUCGGUCAUCGUGAUCAGAUGGCUGCAGCCAGAGGAAUUCUUCAGAAAAACAUUCCUAUACUUUACACUGCUUCUCAAGCAUGUCUUCAGCACCCAGAUGUUGCUGCUUACAAAGCCAACAGGGACUUGAUCUACAAACAGUUGCAGCAGGCAGUCACAGGAAUCUCUAACGCAGCACAAGCAACAGCUUCUGAAGAUGCUGUUCAGCAGCAGGGUGGUGGCGGAGAAUUGGCUUAUGCACUUAACAACUUUGAUAAACAAAUUAUUGUGGAUCCUUUAAACUUCAGUGAGGAGCGUUUUAGGCCUUCCCUGGAAGAGCGCCUGGAGAGCAUCAUUAGUGGUGCAGCCCUAAUGGCUGACUCAUCCUGUACACGUGAUGACCGACGGGAACGCAUAGUUGCAGAGUGUAAUGCAGUCCGGCAAGCCUUGCAAGAUCUGCUUUCAGAAUACAUGGGAAAUGCUGGACGCAGAGAAAGAAGUGAUGCUCUAAACUCUGCAAUAGACAAAAUGACAAAGAAGACAAGGGAUUUGCGUAGACAGCUCCGCAAAGCAGUAAUGGACCAUGUUUCAGAUUCCUUUCUGGAAACAAACGUGCCACUUCUAGUUUUGAUUGAAGCUGCCAAGAACGGAAAUGAGAAAGAAGUUAAGGAAUAUGCACAGGUUUUCCGUGAACAUGCCAACAAGCUGAUUGAGGUUGCUAACUUGGCCUGUUCUAUCUCAAAUAAUGAAGAAGGUGUGAAAUUAGUUCACAUGUCGGCAAGCCAGCUUGAAGCCCUCUGUCCUCAGGUAAUAAAUGCAGCAUUGGCAUUGGCUGCCAAGCCACAAAGCAAACUAGCUCAAGAAAACAUGGAGCUGUUUAAAGAACAGUGGGAAAAGCAAGUCCGUGUGCUUACAGAUGCUGUGGAUGACAUCACUUCAAUUGAUGACUUCCUGGCAGUGUCAGAAAAUCAUAUUCUGGAAGAUGUAAACAAAUGUGUCAUUGCUCUCCAAGAAAAAGACGUUGAUGGCUUAGACCGUACUGCUGGUGCGAUUCGUGGUCGUGCAGCUAGAGUAAUCCAUGUUGUCACUUCUGAAAUGGAUAAUUAUGAACCUGGAGUGUAUACAGAAAAGGUUCUGGAGGCAACAAAGCUGCUGUCAAACACAGUUAUGCCACGUUUUACUGAACAAGUAGAAGCUGCUGUUGAAGCACUGAGUUCUGAUCCUGCUCAACCAAUGGAUGAAAAUGAAUUUAUUGAUGCUUCACGAUUGGUAUAUGAUGGAAUUCGUGACAUCAGAAAAGCAGUACUGAUGAUCAGAACUCCUGAAGAAUUGGAUGAUUCAGACUUCGAGACAGAAGAUUUUGAUGUCAGAAGCAGGACAAGUGUUCAGACCGAAGAUGAUCAACUUAUUGCAGGCCAGAGUGCAAGAGCUAUCAUGGCUCAACUCCCUCAAGAGCAAAAAGCAAAAAUUGCUGAACAAGUUGCCAGCUUCCAGGAAGAAAAGAGUAAAUUAGAUGCUGAGGUGUCCAAAUGGGAUGAUAGUGGUAAUGAUAUUAUUGUUCUGGCAAAACAAAUGUGCAUGAUUAUGAUGGAAAUGACAGACUUUACCAGAGGGAAAGGGCCACUGAAAAAUACAUCUGAUGUGAUUAGUGCAGCAAAGAAAAUUGCAGAAGCUGGGUCAAGAAUGGACAAGUUAGGACGGACAAUUGCUGAUCACUGCCCGGAUUCUGCUUGCAAACAGGACCUGUUAGCGUAUCUGCAACGCAUUGCUUUAUACUGCCACCAGCUAAACAUCUGCAGCAAAGUGAAGGCAGAAGUUCAAAACCUUGGAGGAGAACUCGUCGUGUCUGGGGUGGAUAGUGCUAUGUCACUGAUUCAAGCUGCAAAGAACCUGAUGAAUGCUGUGGUACAAACGGUGAAGGCUUCCUAUGUGGCAUCCACAAAGUACCAGAAGUCUCAAGGGAUGGCUUCUUUGAACCUGCCAGCAGUGUCCUGGAAAAUGAAGGCUCCAGAGAAGAAACCACUCGUCAAGCGAGAGAAACAAGAUGAAACGCAGACCAAAAUCAAGCGAGCCUCCCAGAAAAAGCAUGUUAACCCAGUGCAAGCACUCAGUGAAUUCAAAGCAAUGGAGAGCAUUUAGACAAAGGGUUUAUUCUCAAUUUCAUUGCUACAAUCAGAUUUUUUCCAAUAUUCUAUGGAUUAUGUUAAAAAUCAUUUACUUAAUUUUUGAUAAAGUUAGAGUAAAAGGAGGUAAACAGAUAUAUGAAGCAUGUUAAUACAUCUUUAAAUCUGCGAACAUGUUAAUUUUAGUUAGAAAGUGCUGUUUAGAAUUCUCUGGCAUUUCUCUAACUGACUUUUUAAAUAAUAGAUCCUGCUUUAAAUACAUUCUAUAACCAAAGAUGAAUUUACAGUACCAUUAAUCCUUCACAUAGAUGGAUCGUGUCAUUCUCUUGGAAGAAAGGUGAGCUUUCUCAACUUGGAAGUAGAACGGAACGUGUACUUUUAUUAGAGUACAUAAUGCUUUGGGUGGAUAGAGUAAGCUUGGUAAGUUGAAAUAAUCAGUAAAGUGGAGAAUGCUAGUUGCUGCUUAGAACACUAAGACAACUGUAGAAAAUGAUUUUUAAAAAGUAAUAUGCAGUAGCAUUCUUUUCUAAUUUAAGCAGGUUUUGGCUCCUUAUUUUAAACUGAACACAUUGGUAGAUUUGUUCUGAAUUUGCUGAGUUCCAGGUUACUUUUAACGGUGUGCAUGUUAGGGGUAUGUAGCAGGGAGAAAUGAGUUAAGGCCACCCCGGCAUUUCCAGAGUACUUCCCAGUACUCUUGUGAGAGCUUCUGUGGGAGCUUGUAGAAGGCGACACAAAAAAAACUUGGGGUGUAAUGGAAAGUGCAUCACAAAGAACACUUAAUACUACUUCUUGAGACAGUAAGAAUGUUUGAUUACAGAUAACUGAUGUACUUUGCUGCAGGACUCUUGUGCAAGCCGGUGCUGUAAAUGUUGCAUGUUUCCCUCAGCAUUCAAAUGCAAAUCUAUCGUUGAGUUCUUCUAAUAAUUAUUGUGCAUCCUGCCCCAGGCUCUUUCUGCAAAGAGUGUGCAUUCAGCCCGCAGUUCAGGCAUUAUUUGUCAUAGUGGGAGCUUUGUGGUAUAAUUGUGCUUUUUAAAUUUUUUAUGGACUUCUGUUUUUAUACCUUUUCCAAUAAAGUUCAGUAUAAAAAACA